CCUUCACUUUUCUCCUUUCCACUAUUUCUUCACAUUUCACAAACACCAACCAACAUGAAUGAACAACAAGAUAACUGGCUCACAGUCGCUAUGGCGGACAACGACGUCGUUGCGGAGCUCCUUCUCCGUCUCCGACUACCAGUCCCACCGUCGUCUAACCGUCGACGUCGACCUGCCCCACCUCAACGCUGGACCAUUCAUCAACGCCGCUCCAGAACACAACCACCUUCUAACAAAUCGGAAACACCGAGUGCUAGCCCCACCACUCCGUUAUCCUGGAGCGGCGGCGCCACCUCCUUCAGCGGCGGCGCUGACAAAAGUGAUAAAGUUCUAGAAGCUCUGGCAGAUGUUUCAAGAUCUAAGGUCAGGCCACCUGGCGAAGCGACUCCAACCAAGAGGCCAAGAAAGAAGAAAACUUUGGCUGCGCUUAAAGAGGAGGGGAUUGUAUUAAUGGAGGAACAAAAUGAUUUGAAAAAGAAAAUUGCCGCCCUACAGGCUAACUGUGAAAAACAGAGAGAGGAGAAUGAGAGGCUGAAGAAGAUUAAGCUGGAUAUGCAAGUAGAGUCACAACUAAAGGCGACGAGAAGCGCGCAUUUUGAAGUGGUGAAUGAGCGAAAUGACAAAACUGUCCUUCCUGAUCUUAAUGUUCCUUUUGGGGAGGAUGUGAUUGUGAGUUACUAAGAACAUAGAAUAAACAUGGUAUAUUGAAGAAUAGAAAUAGAAAAAAAUAAGUUCUAACAUGGGAUUGGAUUCGAGACGGAAAGGCUUCCAUAUUUGUUUGGAAAGUUAAUUUAAUAUAAUUCUAUGAAGGUAACUGAGGGUUAUAGUUUAUAAAACUUUUUAGAUGUAGUUGGGUAUUGUUGUUUUUGUACAUUUAUUACCCGGGUUUUUUUUUUCUUGGGUUUUUAUAGAUACUAUGUAACUUUUGCAA